AUGCCGACUACAGAUUUGAGAGCACCCUCACCGCGUGGGCCGCUAUCAAAACUACGACGCAACAAGAACGCCAAUGGCUCCACAACCUCCCUGCAAAGCAGCACAGGCGACACGGAUGAGAGUACCGAGAACGCGCGUGGCCUUCGCGGCUCCAUCGACAAGGGCAAGGAGCGUAUACGAAAGUCCAUUGACGAACGACGCGGCAGUGGAGAUGCAUCAGCGAAGCGUCUCUCGAGUCUCCUACCACGCCGGAAACGCAGUCCGAACAAAGGCUCUGGGAGUCCCACCCGUGCCUUGAGCGGACUGUCUCUGGAUCCUGGCAAUGGCAGUCAUUUCUUGUCCGGCAAUCAUUCGAAUGCAUCAUUUGAUGACAGUGGGCAUAGCAGCUUGCUGACAGAUGACAACAACUCAGAUCACGAAGGGCAUCCAGUUAGACCUACAUUGUCUCCACAUCAAUCCCACGCCGGCUACCUCACGCUGUCUUCUCCCGAGUUCAACAAACACUCCCAGUCUGUCAUUACAGUCGACGCCAUUGCUUCGCCCGAGAGCAAGAAGGCUCUCGCAUCAACCACUAGCGUUCCUCACAUCAUCGAGCCUUUCGAAACCGAACCAUUCCCACAAAUCACCCCACCUGAACGAAGUGUCUCGCCGGGUACUAAGCUGAAGGACGCCUUCAAGAUAUCACGCAAGCAGCCAGCUAGCGACGCUGAUUCAAUCAAGUCGUCGAGUGGCGGUGGAGGCAUUGGCGCACUGUUUAGACCAAAGAGCAGAAGAGGAAGCCUGAGUUCACAAGUGGCAGUUGAGCCAGCGAAGCCAGAAGAGCCUGUGGUAGCACCUGAUCCUGAUAUCUCUGUUAUUGGAGGCGAGCCACUGGCACAAGUCAGCCAGCUUGAUACGAUAAAGAGCGAAGGCCGUCCAGAGACACCGACACAACCAUCACGAGGAAGAAGUCGCAUCAACACCGAGACACUACCCGCAACACCCCCGAAUCUUGUUGAGACUCCUACAACUUUAGUCACGCCACCAACGCCCACGUUACCAAAGACGGAUGCAUUGACUUUUCCAAACAGAAACGCUGUGACAUCUGACGCUCAAGGUGCCUCACCGCCUGCCAAGCCGCUGAGCUCUGUUGACAGCAUCCGUCACCGUCGUGCACAGUCUGCAAAGCUUCCCGGCGUGCCCAGUAGAUUGUCCAAUGCCAUUGCCGCUCCGCUGACGCCGACUGCCGAAGAGGCUAAGACUCCUGGUGGUACCUUGACGCAGCCGACAAGCGCGACUGGUUUCUUCUCGACUUUCGUCACAGCUGCGUCGAAGGCAGCAGAACAACUUAGCCAGAACAUUGCAGCACAACAAAAGGGCAGGCCCACGUCACCAUCAUCUGCGCAAGAUUCGACCAAGGAUAUUGGAUCUCUGGUUGACACCAAGCAGGAUAGCACAGGACUGCAAUCACGAGCUAUAGAUACAAUUGGCAAAGGGGACCUGAGCCUGGAUCAACUCGGCAUAUCGGACACAAAUAAUCGGAGCCCAAUGCCCUCUACCCCCGACCUGCCGCAGCAGGACAUAGCGACACAAAACGGCAACACUACGCAGAAAGCCGAGGAAGAUGCAGCGGCACGAGCAGUGUCAGCAGCAUAUGAAAAGCCACUGCAAAAGGUCAUCAGCCAGGCGCAAGGUCGACCUCCAUCAAUAGCAUCCCAUGAUCGCCUGACACUUGAUGGAGAGCAGACACCCCUUCGCUCUGGCGCUGAAGCUGAUGGUCUGAAACGUUCAGGUAGCGUCCGUAGCAAGAUCAGCGCCAAGGCAAGACGGCAUCGUGCAAGCUCAGCGACAACGGGUACUGGUAACACUAUAGCUGCGGCGUUGCAAUCUAGCCACGCCGCUCUCGCCAACCCGUCAAUCAAUGGCAGCCAUAGACUGACCGGAUUUGCAGUGGCCAGUAGCAAGCGAAACAAGGACUUUCAUCAGCUGUUCCGCAGUGUACCGGAAGAUGAUUACCUGAUCGAAGACUACAGUGCUGCGCUACAGCGGGACAUUCUUUUGCAUGGUAGACUCUACGUCUCAGAGGGUCACAUAUGCUUUUCCAGCAAUAUUCUAGGUUGGGUCACCAAUCUCGUGGUUGGCUUCGAUGAGGUGGUAUCUGUCGAGAAGAAGAGCACAGCCGUGAUCUUCCCAAAUGCCAUUGUGAUCCAGACACUCCAGGCCCGCAACACGUUCGCCAGUCUUGUUGCUCGAGAUUCGACGUAUGAGCUCAUAAUAGGAAUAUGGAAGAUCAACCAUCCGAACCUCAAGAGCUCAUUAAAUGGUGUGGCGCUAGAUGAUGCUGGUACUGGCGAUAAGACGGAGGUGGCAGACCCAGAAGGCUCCGGCGAGGAGACUGCUGAUGGGUCGGACGACGAGGUGUACGACGAAGACGAUGAUGAGGACGAUGUUGGGAGCUUCACCGAUGGCGGCAUGAACCCUAGCGUUGCACCAAGCGAGGCUGGCGACCACAUCAUCAGUCGUAAGACCUCCGCUAUACCCAUCAAUGGGCUUCAGCAUGCUAGCACCAUGCCGGCUAAAACAACCGAGACUGCCGAAGCUGCCGUCGCCGCUGCGACGACUGCCGCAGACUUCCCAGGCCCGGCCACACAUGCGCAGACCGAGUGUAGCGAAAGUGGCGAGCACUACGACAAACUGUUGAUGGACACCACGAUACCGGCACCACUCGGCAAAGUGUACUCGCUUCUGUUUGGACCAGCAUCGAGUCCUUUCAUGCGCAAAUGGUUGAUCGACGAUCAGAAGUCUCGAGAGCUGCAGCUACCAGAUGACAAGAUCGGACUCGACAACGACCACAAAACUAUGAGCUUGGAGUACAUCAAGCCGCUAAAUGCACCCGUGGGCCCGAAGCAGACGAAGUGUCUGACGACUUACAAUGUCAUGGCUUUUGACCUGGAGAAAGCAGUUUCGAUCGAUUGCAGCACGCAGACACCAGAUGUACCUAGUGGGAAUGUGUUCACGACCAAGACACGGUAUUGUUUGAUGUGGGGUCCCGGAAAUUCGACGAGACUGGUCGCCACUUGCACAGUUGAGUGGACGGGCAAGAGCUGGUUGAAAAGUGUGAUCGACAGCGGUGCAGCUGCGGGACAGACUGAGUAUCUGAAGAGUCUGGUCGCUGCGGUAAAAGCUGUCAUUCCUGCGCGGCCAGUGGCAAAGGUACCUGGCAAGAAGGGAGCUCGACGACGUAGGACGACCGGCGAGCCUGGCGCCAAGGUGGAGCGUGAAGCUAUCGUGAUACCUGAACAGAAAGCCGCGAGCUGGGGAGCACUCGAACCUCUGCACCAAAUUCUGGAGCCGCUCAUUGCUAUUGUUCGGCCGUUCGUCACUUCGCAGACGAUCAUUGCCGUGCUGUUCGUCUUGCUUGUGUACACUUGGCUCGUCCCACCUUAUCGAUCUGCUGGAGGUGUUGGACCACCAGGCUACCGAUCUCCCGAACGACUAGUAGCAUACGACGAACUUUGGCGGCGAGAAGAGAGCGAAUUGUGGGAUUGGUUGGAGGAUCGUGUUGGUCUUGAUCAUCUGGCUUCUCCAGCAUUAGCUGAACAGCAGCGUGGAAGGCAGAGAGAUGCUGGAGUGAGGGGUAUUGGCAAGAAGCUCGAGGACGAGCGGAUGAGUGAGCGACAGAUGGAUGAUGCGAUCAAAGUUACCGAAGAGAGAUUGUCUACUCUCAAGGAGGCGGUGGCCAAGAAGAAUAAGAGGGCGCAGGAGAAGAGGCAAAAGAGUUGA